AUGGGACAAAAUUGUAAUUUUGAGUUCUCAUCAUACAAAGCUCGUUUGUUUUGUACAAUCAUCUUAAUCAUGGCUACCCGUUUUUCUCUCUCUCGUUCAAUACAAUUGCAACCCAUUUGCUCGCCACGCUCAUUUUCAUAUCCCCGGAAUAACCCUCAACAUCUUCUUAAAUCCCCUAACUGUCCCCUCUGGUCAUCUUCUUUCUCAAUCUGCCUUCGUUUUCGUCUUCAUCACGUCAAUCGCGGCCGUCGCCAUUCUCUUCCUACUCGAUUCUCUUCCGUCCGAUCUACAUCCACGCUUUCUGGAUUCUCGAUAAUGUCGUCGAUCGAGACAAAUCCUUUGUUGAAGGACUUCGAUUUUCCACCAUUCGAUGCUAUACAGGCCGAACACGUCCGUCCUGGAAUCCAAUCCUUGUUGAAAGAUCUGGAAAAUGAGUUGGAUGAACUUGAGAGGACUGUGGAACCGUCGUGGACUAAGCUUGUGGUGCCGCUAGAGAAGAUUGUUGAUCGAUUGACUGUUAUUUGGGGAGCGGUUAAUCAUUUAAAGGCGGUUAAAGAUACACCUGAACUCCGUUCUGCUAUUGAGGAAGUUCAGCCUGAGAAAGUUAAAUUUGAACUUAAAUUGGGGCAGAGCAAACCUCUUUUUAAGGCGUUUCAAUCUAUAAGAGAAUCUUCAGAUUGGGAGAAACUAAGUGAUGCUCGUAAACGUAUAGUCGAAGCUCAAAUAAAGGAGGCAGUUCUUAAUGGUGUUUCUCUUGAAGAUGAUAAAAGAGAAGAGUUUAACAAAAUUGAACAGGAGCUAGCAAAGCUGUCUCAUAAAUUUGAUGAAAAUGUUUUGGAUGCUACAAAGAAGUUUGAGAAAUUAAUAAGUGAUAAGAAGGAGAUUGAAGGGUUGCCAGCUACAGCUCUUGGAUUGGCUGCACAAACUGCAGUAUCAAAGGGUCAUGAAAAUGCUACAGCUGAAGAUGGACCUUGGGUGAUAACACUAGAUGCUCCAAGUUAUAUGUCUGUUAUGCAGCAUGCCAAAAACCGAUCUUUGAGGGAGGAAGUUUAUCGUGCUUAUAUCAGCCGUGCUUCUAGCGAAGAUCUAGACAAUAUUGUAAUUAUUGAUGAAAUUCUGAAGCUUAGGUUGCAAAAAGCUAAGAUUCUUGGUUACAAUAAUUAUGCCGAGGUAAGCAUGGCCACCAAAAUGGCAACUGUGGAGAAAGCAUUAGAAUUAUUAGAACAGCUUCGAAGUGCUUCUUGGGAUGCUGCUGUUAAAGAUAUGGAAGACCUCAAAUUGUUUUGCAAAGCUCAAGGUGCUCCUGAAGCUGAUGACUUGAAUCACUGGGAUGCUACCUUCUGGAGUGAGAGACUUCGUGAAUCAAAAUAUGAAUUAAAUGAGGAAGAAUUACGACCCUAUUUCUCCUUACCAAAAGUUAUGGAGGGCUUGUUUAACCUAGCCAAAACCUUAUUUGGGAUUAAUAUUGAGCCAGCUGAUGGUUUAGCCCCUGUUUGGAACAAGGAUGUACAGUUCUACCGCAUCAAAGAUUCUGCAGGAAGCCCUGUGUCAUACUUCUAUUUUGAUCCAUAUUCUCGCCCAUCUGAAAAACGUGGAGGAGCAUGGAUGGAUGAGGUUUUGGCUCGAAGUCUUGUAUUUUCUCGUGAUGGUGUCACUCCUAGGCUUCCUGUUGCCCACAUGGUGUGCAAUCAAAUGCCACCAGUUGGGGACAAACCAAGCUUGAUGACAUUUCGUGAGGUGGAGACUGUCUUCCAUGAAUUUGGCCAUGCACUCCAGCAUAUGCUAACAAGGCAAGAUGAAGGUCUAGUUGCAGGAAUUAGAGGAAUAGAGUGGGAUGCUGUUGAAUUACCUUCGCAGUUCAUGGAAAAUUGGUGUUACCACAGGGAUACACUGAUGGGUAUAGCUAAGCACUAUGAAAGUGGGGAGACACUUCCACAUGAUAUAUAUUUGAAACUUCUUGCUGCAAGAACAUACCGUGCAGGUUCCUUAAGCCUUCGUCAGUUACGAUUUGCAAGUGUUGACCUGGAAUUACAUUCAAAGUAUGUUCCUGGUGGAUCAGAAACAGUAUAUGAUGUUGACCAGAGGGUUAGCAAGAAAACACAGAUUCUUCCUCCAUUGCCGGAGGAUAAGUUUCUUUGUAGUUUCAGUCACAUAUUUGCAGGUGGAUAUGCUGCUGGAUACUAUAGCUACAAGUGGGCUGAGGUGUUGUCUGCUGAUGCUUUCUCAGCGUUUGAGGAUGCUGGACUAGAUGACGAGAAGGCUGUCAAAGAUACUGGAAACAAAUUCCGUGAAACAAUACUUGCACUUGGAGGUGGGAAGGCGCCAUUACAGGUUUUUGUGGAAUUCCGAGGACGCGAGCCAACUCCGGAGGCACUGCUGAGGCACAAUGGUUUAUUGCCUGUGACGGCAUCAGCCUAAGAUAAGAGGAUUUUAAAGUGCAUAUUUAUUUGCUCUCUUAUAUAGUUCAAAGUUUUAAGCAUUCAAUGAGAUUGUAGUUCAAUACAAGAUAGGGUUGGAAUUUUAUAAAAGUUUUUAAUUAUCUUUUUUAGCCCUCAUAAAUGUGUACGUUUCAUGUUUUUAUUGUGGAUGAUCAUUGAUGAGUUGUUUUCUUGGUCAAUUGAAAUAACAGACUAUGAAAAAUAUAUUUCUUUUUU